AUGCAAAUCUUCGUCAAAACUCUCACUGGAAAAACGAUCACCCUUGAGGUCGAGGCUUCCGAUACCAUCGAAAAUGUGAAAGCCAAGAUUCAAGACAAGGAAGGAAUUCCUCCAGAUCAACAACGUUUGAUCUUUGCCGGAAAGCAACUUGAAGAUGGAAGAACCCUUUCGGAUUACAACAUUCAAAAGGAAUCCACUCUUCACUUGGUCCUUCGUCUUCGCGGAGGAAUGCAAAUCUUCGUCAAGACUCUCACCGGAAAGACCAUCACCCUCGAAGUCGAAGCUUCUGAUACCAUCGAGAACGUCAAGGCCAAGAUCCAAGACAAGGAAGGAAUCCCACCAGAUCAACAAAGAUUGAUUUUUGCUGGCAAGCAGCUUGAGGACGGAAGAACCCUUUCGGAUUACAACAUCCAGAAGGAAUCGACCCUUCACUUGGUUCUUCGUCUCCGCGGUGGAAUGCAGAUCUUCGUCAAGACAUUAACAGGAAAAACUAUUACAUUGGAAGUCGAGGCCUCUGACACUAUCGAAAAUGUGAAAGCCAAGAUUCAAGACAAGGAAGGAAUUCCUCCAGAUCAACAACGUUUGAUCUUUGCCGGAAAACAACUUGAGGACGGUCGCACGUUGUCUGACUAUAACAUCCAGAAGGAAUCGACUCUCCAUUUGGUUCUUCGUCUUCGCGGAGGAAUGCAAAUUUUCGUCAAGACCCUCACCGGAAAGACUAUCACUCUUGAAGUCGAAGCCUCGGAUACCAUCGAGAACGUCAAGGCCAAGAUCCAGGACAAGGAAGGAAUUCCCCCAGAUCAACAAAGAUUGAUCUUUGCAGGAAAACAACUUGAGGAUGGAAGAACAUUGUCGGAUUACAACAUCCAAAAGGAAUCGACUCUCCAUUUGGUUCUUCGUCUCCGCGGAGGAAUGCAAAUUUUCGUGAAGACCCUCACCGGAAAGACCAUCACUCUUGAAGUCGAAGCCUCGGAUACCAUCGAGAACGUCAAGGCUAAGAUCCAGGACAAGGAAGGAAUCCCUCCAGAUCAGCAAAGAUUGAUCUUCGCCGGAAAGCAACUUGAAGACGGAAGAACCCUUUCGGAUUAUAACAUCCAGAAGGAAUCGACUCUCCAUUUGGUUCUUCGUCUCCGUGGAGGAAUGCAAAUUUUUGUCAAGACCCUUACCGGAAAAACCAUCACUCUUGAAGUCGAAGCCUCGGAUACUAUCGAGAACGUCAAGGCCAAGAUCCAGGACAAGGAGGGAAUCCCACCAGAUCAGCAAAGAUUGAUCUUCGCAGGAAAGCAGCUCGAAGACGGCCGCACAUUGUCCGACUACAACAUCCAGAAAGAGUCGACCCUUCACCUGGUCCUUCGUCUUCGCGGAGGAAUGCAAAUUUUCGUGAAGACCCUCACCGGAAAAACCAUCACCCUCGAAGUCGAAGCCUCGGAUACCAUCGAGAACGUCAAGGCCAAGAUCCAAGACAAGGAAGGAAUCCCACCAGAUCAACAGAGAUUGAUCUUUGCUGGAAAACAACUUGAGGACGGAAGAACCCUUUCGGAUUACAACAUCCAGAAGGAAUCCACGCUCCAUUUGGUCCUUCGUCUCCGCGGAGGAAUGCAAAUCUUCGUCAAGACUCUCACCGGAAAGACCAUCACUCUCGAAGUCGAAGCCUCGGAUACCAUCGAGAACGUCAAGGCCAAAAUCCAGGACAAGGAGGGAAUCCCACCAGAUCAACAGAGAUUGAUCUUCGCCGGAAAGCAACUUGAGGACGGAAGAACCCUUUCCGACUACAACAUUCAGAAGGAGUCUACUCUUCACUUGGUCCUUCGUCUUCGCGGAGGAAACUACUAA